AUGCAAGCGUGGGCUGCCAGAUGGACUCAGAUGGACGGUGAGAUGUUGUGGCAUAGAACUGCAGGCAGACAUUGGUCAAGGCUUCCACUUUGUUCUAUGAAGGGCGAAGGGCGUAGCUGCGGCCACGAUGUGGUCAACGGCCGGAGUUGGAGGCAACAGAUUGUAGGACCGCCUGUCGGUUUUCUGUGGCUAUAG